AUGGCUGCCGAUCAGCGACCUCGACGUCGCGAAGAUUUUCGAAUUGCUGUGUUGUGCGCGCUGCCCCUUGAGUACAAUGCUGUCACUCUGGCCUUUGACGAAUUUUUUGACGAGGAUGGCGACAAGUUCGGAAGAGCUCGCGGAGAUCCGAACAGAUACACUACCGGCAGGAUAGGCAAAUACAACGUUGUUAUGGCUCUGCUUGCUAGUAUGGGGACACUAGCCUUCCUAGUGGGCAUCUGCGGCGGAGUUCCCAGUCCAGGGACCGAGAAGGAGCUCUUACUGGGAGACGUUAUUAUUAGCAAGACGGUGGUUCAAUAUGAUUUUGGCCGGCAAAAUCCUUACCGUUUUGCGACAAAAGACACACUUAGCGAUAGCCUCGGUCGACCUAACAAGGAUAUUCGCUCGCUUCUGGCCUCGCUUGAGACCGACCGGACUUUCGAGCGCCUUGAGCGACGUACAGCUGAGAUCCUUACUGGUAUCCAGCGGACCGCCGCCUAUGCCGGACGGAAGCGCACUCGGUACCCCUACCCUGGAGCAGCCCAAGACAGACUCUUCAGUCCCAAGUAUGAGCAUAGACACCGAGACGAUGCUGACUGUGGCUGUGACGAUACGUGGAUUUGCGACACUGCCCCGGAUGCAUCAUGCAUCGAGCUUGAAUGCGACAGAAAUCCUCUCGUUGUCAGGGAGAGUCUCGAAGUCAAAAAGGAACUAGAGCGUGAGGGCAAUACCGCAGAGGCCCAGAAGCCGCACAUACUCAUUGGUAGCGUCGGAUCGGGUAACACCGUGAUGAAGUCAGGCGCGCAUCGUGACGAAAUCGCUCAGAGGUAUGACCUCAUUGCAUUCGAGAUGGAGGCCGCGGGGGCUUGGGACGAGGUGCCAUGCCUCGUCAUUAAGGGGGUUUGCGACUAUGCCGAUAGCCACAAGAACAAGAAAUGGCAGACGUUCGCGGCUGCUACGGCGGCCUCGUCAAUGAAGGCGCUUCUCGAGUUGUACAUCCAAACUGAUUCGCCAGGGAACUCUAGAAUCGAUUUCACAACCCAGCGUGUUAACGAGAUCUUGACUUGGAUAUCGAAAGAACCAUACAAGCAGCAUCACACACUGAACAAGAGUGAGGUUCUAGAGGGAACAGGCAGGUGGCUUCUCGAGGACGACGUCUUUCAGUCAUGGAAGAGCUCUGAGGCGUCAUCCAUUUUAUGGCUGCACGGCAUUCCAGGCUCCGGCAAGAGCAAGCUGACGUCAAUUGUUGUUGAAGAUGCUUUACAAUCGUCUUCAACAGCGACGGUGUAUUUCUACUGCUCUCGAAAUCCGGCCGAGCCCGGGCGUUCCAGUCCCACCAGCAUAGUAGCUAGUAUUGCAAGACAACUGGCAAUGCCCCAGCCCGGCGCGGAUCUUCUGGAUGCGGCAGUCGAGGCGUACAGAAGGUUCGAAGAAAGUGCUUUUGCCUCUCAGUCUCUCACACUAGAUCAAAGCAAAGAGCUUAUCCACAAGCUUCUUGAUAGCUAUCGAGGCCAGACAAUCACAUUGAUUAUUGACGCGCUGGACGAGUGCCACAGAGAAACUCGACACAAUCUUUUGGACCUUCUCGUGUCUCUUCUUGAAACACCGACUAUCAUAAAGGUCUUCGUCUCCAGCCGAGACGAUAGAGACAUCGUCAAUGAGCUAAAUGACUACAGAAACCUGUACCUUUCUUCAGAGCGCAACUCUGAGGAUAUCGAAAUCUUUGUGCGGUCGGAGACAAGUCGUCUUGUCAGCAAGGGGUCUCUCCUGCGAGGAAGCUUGAGAAAGGAGGAACUUCGGGACAAGAUCAUUUUUGAACUCAUCUCUAAUGCUCAUGGAAUGUUCCGUUGGGCCAGCCUACACAUUCAAGAGCUUUGCCGCCAGGCUACCGACGCUGCCAUCGAGGAGAGGCUCGUCAAGAUGCCGCGAACGCUGGAAGGUCUUUACCAAGAGAUCCUCGAUAAAAUUGAAAAGCGAGAUGCCACUGCGGACAGAGAAUUGGCCAAGAACGUCUUCAUUUGGCUACUUUGUGCUCAGCAGCAAUUCAAAUCCGACGUCUUCCUCGCAAUGGUGUCCAGAGCCAAAAACGGAUCCACCCCCACCAUCACAGCAGACCAGCUUUUGGAAUUAUGCAACAAUAUGGUCCUUUUCGAUGAAACAAUGGACGCCUUUCGAUUCUCUCACUUAUCAGUUAGAGAGUUUCUCGAGGGUCAAUUCGCAUAUCAAAUUACAACUGCACACGCACUUGCGGCUGAGCAAUGCAUCGUCAAUCUCGCCGACACCCCUUCCAUACUUACUCCUAUGGCACCGGUCUUGGAAUACUCGGUCUACUUUUGGGCAGACCAUGCAAAGCAAGCGGAUCAUGAAGAAAGACAAUCACGUUUGUGCUUGAUCUUGGGCAAUUUCUUUGCCGGGGAUCAAGACCCACAUUCGCCAUUCUCUCGUUGGCAUGAUCGGAUUUCAUACGAGGAUUGGAGCCUGAACAUGUAUUGGGAUAAGGUACAUAAGUUCAAAGCCGUCUGGUCCUAUCCGCCAUCUGUCUUGCUGGUCAUAUCUAUGUUUGAUUUGUCGGGAAUUCUCAGCCCGGGACGUUGGCAAGAGCUGGCCAAAGCUAAGCCCAAGAGCUUAGAUGGCGCCGCACCGGAGGACCUUGUAAUACGUUACGGCAGUAUUAAAGUCCUCCAGUGGCAAUUUGAAGCCGACAUCCCCUUCAAUCUGACUAUGAAGCAUAUUGAAGUGGCGGCGAGAAAUAAAGAGAACGGGGUUCGUAUAUUGUCAUUGCUCCUAGAAAGGUUUGCGGCAGAUAUUCGAAUCACGCCAGAGGUUGUCAAAGCUGCAGCUUCAAAUGCAUAUUGCGGCGACAUAAUCCUAUCGCAUCUUCUACAGAAACGAGGUCACGAAAUCAACAUCACUGCUGACGUCGUCAGGGCUGGAGUCAAUAAUCGUGGCAAGGCCGUGGAAAUCACCUCACUCCUCCUCAACCAACACAAGAGUCAAAUCAGGAUCACUCCGAAUAUCGUCAGAGCUGCCAUUCGGAGUGGUGCGGAAGUGGUGAAGAUACUAUUAGAUCUGCGAGGAGACGAGAUCGAAAUUUCCGCAGAUCUGAUCUUGUCUGCAAUCCGAAGAUCUCAAUAUUGUCUGCGAGGCUUCUUCAGACCUGUUUUAUCGUUUCUCCUCGAGGUACGAAGGGACCAGAUUCAUAUCACUGAAGACUUCAUACUAUCUAUUGCCCCCCAACCAGCAUGCACUAGAGACGUAAUGGGAAUACUCCUUGAUGUCUGCGAGGAUGAUAUCCAGAUCACUGGGGAGCUUUUCGAUGCCAUAGUAAGCAACAUGGAUGACAGAGAUGAAUUGAUGGCGCUGCUACUCGAUAGAAUCGAGGUAAAGCCUGAAAUUUCCGACAAGAUGAUGGAGCUUAUCGUGAACAAUUUCAAUGAUGCCACACUACGCAAAUUCAUUGACCUGUACGGCGAUGAGAUAAAGGUCACGAACGGAAUCGUCAUGGCUGCCGCGAAAAACGGCUGGUGUGGCGAGGACGUGAUGCGUGUGCUUCUAAACGAGUACGGAGAAGGAAUUCGCAUCACUGAAGACGUUUUGGAGGCCGUGUUUGAAAAUGAACACCGUGGCAAUUGGAUAAUGGAAAUUCUGCUCGAAGUGCACGCACACGAGAUCCACAUGAGCGAGAAGUUCAUCAGAAUGGCGGUACAAAGUGAGCCAGACAUGUUAAAGCUGAUCCUUGACAAGCGCGGGGAUGAGAUUCACAUCACGGAUGAGAUCAUACAAUCGUGUUCUCACGCCGAAAACACAAUGAUUAUCAUCAGGAAGCAAGAGAAAUUUGAGUUUCAGGUCAGCGAAAAUAUUCUUCUGCAAGCCGCUGAACAGGAGAACGGGAUAACAGAACAAGAAGACGGGCUGCUGCAGUUUCUGCUUGAUCAUAGGAUGGAAAAGGUUCGACUGACUGAAGACGUCGUCAGUGCUGCAGCUGGAAAUGGUAUUUACGGCCUUCGGUUCAUCACAUUACUCAUUGACAGAUGUGGAGACGACAUUCCCAUCACCAACAAGGUUCUCCAAGCCGCAGCUGCUAAUCGUAUUGGCAAUCAAGUGAUGGCCGUACUGCUUUCCUGGCGCGGGGAUAGCAUUCGGAUCACAGAGAAUGUUGUCAAAGCGGCGAUCCGAAACUGGAAUGCGAGCCACAAAGUCAUGGCAGUGCUUUUCACAGUACGAGGUAGCCGCAUCCCUGUCCCCGAAAAGGCUCUCGAACUUGCAGGCGCGACUCCUUCGUCCUACAAAGUCAUAAGGACCCUUCUCGAAGAACGAGGAGACACGAUUCGAAUCACCGAAGAGGCAGUCAAAAUUGCCGUUCGAAAUUCAUGGUGCGGCAACAGAAUUCUGGAAGUUUUUCUAGAAUGGUACGAAGGCGAAGUUCCCGUCUCAGACAGAAUUGUUAGUCUUGCGGCUGGAAAUAGCGGCUGCGGCGACAAAAUUAUGUCGUUACUUCUUAAGAAGCGUAGAAACGACAUCCGGAUCACCAGAGAGGUGAUUGUGGCCGCAGCUCAUAAUCCGAAGUGCGGCCGCAGAGUUUUGGCGGCAAUACUUGACACAAUCGGCAUUAUGUGCAAGGAGAUUGAACAGCUCUGUGAAACUCUCCAUAGGUCUCCCGACGACACAUCCCAUCUAGACCAUAAGGAGACUGUUGAGAUCCUUCUGAAUCAUAAUGCAGACGAUAAUGCGAAGGGAUACGAAUCAUCCAAAUGGUCUUCCAAAACGGAGCAGACGUUAACGUGCAGGUUGGGCGGCCGAAAGAGGGCCCAUUGCGGUCGUGAGGACUCUGCGCUCUUAGCCACGUACUAUGUCGACAUCGACUCUCGGAAUUGCUUUGGCCGGACACUUCUAUUGCUGGCCAGAAGACGCAAGCUUGUCGAGACUUUGCUUCUGCUUGAAACCGCAAAGAAAGGCGACUUGCCACCAGAGGACUUUCGUAUUGGAGAAACAGACAGUCAGCUAUCAUCAACAGACACGAUCACCCCUAGAACGCCAUCAGUCCUAGAUUGCUACAUCUGCACUGUGGGCGUUCCAGAGAAUGAUACAUAUUAUCGGUGUUUGGACCAAAGAUGGGGCCUUGGACAAGCGAAAAGACUGACGACUGUGCUUUUUGUCUUGUGGCAUCUCAUCAACUUGCUCCCGUGGUGGCGGAAGCAUGUUUUAGUAGUGAGAUGA